UCGAAAUACUCUUGACCAAAAUCUGGUGCUGAAAUUUAAAAUACAUAGUUACAGUGACUUCUAAACCGGUAGUGCUUCUUACGGCUUUAUCGCAUACAGAAGCAGCAAUAUGUCAGAUAAAAGUGAAACCGUCACCAAUUGUGAUGAAGCUAGUUUGUUUGCUACCCCGGAAAAGGGUGAUGAAGUGGUCAUUUCGGGCAUCGCUGGGAGGUUUCCAGACUCGGAUAACAUGACUCAUUUUCAGGAAAAUCUUUUCAAUAAGGUUGAUCUUGUCACCGAUGACGAUCGGCGUUGGAAAUUAGAUCACCCGGAAAUUCCCCAACGGACAGGAAAAAUAAAUGGAAUCGGAAAAUUUGAUUCGCUAUUCUUCGGCGUGCACUUCAAGCAAGCCCACACUUUGGAUCCCAUGUGCAGAAUGCUGUUAGAACAUGCAUACGAAGCUAUUAUUGAUGCUGGCGUUAAUCCGCGUCAACUCCGUGGUAGUAACACUGGCGUGUUCAUUGGUGCUUGUUUUUCUGAGUCUGAAAAGACUUGGUUCUAUGAAAAACUUCAGGUGAACGGAUUUGGUAUCACAGGCUGCAGUCGAGCCAUGCUGGCAAAUCGAAUUUCUUACUGGCUCGGAUCUCAUGGACCGAGCUACACUGUAGACUCGGCAUGCAGUUCAAGUCUGUUUGCCUUGGACCAUGCAUACAGAGCAAUCAGAAGCGGACAGUGCGACGCUGCUAUUGUGGGAGGCGCCAACUUGUGCCUUCAUCCAUAUGUCUCGCUUCAAUUCUCUAGACUCGGUGUACUCGCUUCGGAUGGAAAGUGUAAAUCGUUCGAUGCUGAUGCUAACGGUUACGUCCGCAGCGAAACUAUAUCUGUGAUCUUCCUCCAAAAAGCGAAAAAUGCGAAACGUAUUUAUGCCAAAGUUGUUCACACGAAAACGAACUGCGAUGGUUUCAAGGAACAGGGCAUCACAUUUCCCUCGACUGUAAUGCAGAGUGCACUGUUACAACAAUUUUAUAAGGAGUGUCGAGUUUCACCUUCCAGCCUGGCUUACGUAGAAGCUCACGGUACCGGAACAAAAGUUGGCGACCCCGAAGAAGUCUACGCCCUUGAGAAAGUAUUCUGUCCAGGUCGUACUACACCAUUACGAAUUGGUUCCAUCAAGUCGAACCUAGGACAUUCCGAACCAGCCAGCGGUCUUUGUUCUAUUGCUAAGGUUAUAAUCGCAAUGCAGAGUGGAUACAUUCCACCAAACCUAAAUUUUAAGCGUCCUCGUGAAGGAGUCACAGCAUUAGAAGAUGGCAGGAUUCAAGUAAUUACCGAAUUAACCCCAUGGGACGGUGGAUACGUUGGUGUGAACUCUUUUGGUUUUGGCGGUGCCAAUGCUCAUAUUCUCUUGGAAUCACAUUCGAAGAAGAAAAUCAAUAAUGGCCAACCCGAAGACGACUUGCCUAGACUUGUAGUCGCUUCUGGGCGGACGGAGGAGGCUGUUACAACUAUACUGAAUAGCCUCGAAAGUCGGGCAACAGACGCGGAGUACGUGAGCCUCUUCCACAGUAUACAUUUGGAAGAGAUUCCCGGCCACUUGUACCGUGGAUAUACCAUUCUGCCACCCCGUGGCCUACCACAGGAUAGCAUUCGAGACGUACAACAUUAUCCCGGAGCCAAACGGCCAGUGUGGUUUGUAUUCUCUGGAAUGGGUUCUCAGUGGGCUGGAAUGGGUGAAGCCCUCAUGAAAAUUCCUGCAUUUGCCAAGGCUAUUGACAAGUGUGACGCAGCCCUCAAGCCUCACGGAGUGGACAUUAUCAAUAUUCUGACAAACAAGGAUCCAAAAACAUUCGACAACAUCUUGAACUCAUUUGUCGGAAUUGCCGCAGUUCAGGUUGGCUUAGUAGAUGUUCUCACGUCCAUAGGAAUAGUAGCUGACAAUAUCAUUGGGCAUUCGGUGGGAGAGUUGGGCUGUGCCUAUGCAGAUGGUUGCUUCACUGCGGAACAAAUGGUACUGUCGGCAUAUUCUCGAGGUCUAGCUUCGAUAGAAACUGAAUUGAUUUACGGAUCGAUGGCAGCUGUGGGCCUUGGUUACGAAGAAAUUAAGGAUCUAUGCCCACCGGAUAUCGAGGUAGCUUGUCACAAUGCUGCCGAGAGUUCCACGAUAAGCGGACCAGCUGAGUCCAUGAAGAAAUUCGUUGCUGAGUUGCAGGCAAAUAACAUCUUUGCUCGAGAAGUCCCGUGCAGCAACAUUGCAUACCAUAGUCGCUAUAUAGCAGCAGCGGGCCCAAAAUUAUUAAAUUACUUGCAGAAGGUCAUUCCUGAUCCAAAACCCCGUAGUCAGAAGUGGCUCAGCACUUCCGUACCUCGUAACAAGUGGAACACUACUUCGGCUCGAUUGUGCUCGGCCGAAUACCACACGAAUAACUUACUAAGUCCAGUUUUAUUCGAAGAAACGUCGAACCUCAUACCAACAAAUGCAAUUACUAUCGAAAUAGCGCCACACGGGCUGCUGCAAGCCAUUUUACGGAGAUCCUUGGACGAGAACGUUACCAAUGUGGCUUUAACUAAACGUGGGCAUAAAGAUAACACCCAAGUUUUACUACAAGCCGUUGGCAAGCUUUACGAAGUCGGUUUACAUCCAAAUUUGGCCGACCUUUACCCUAAAAUCGAGUACCCAGUCAGCAAUGGCACUCCUAUGAUAUCUCCUCUGGUACGUUGGGAACAUUCUGAUGACUGGUAUGUGACCUGCUAUAGGAUGCAGGAGAAAAUCACUUCAGGUGAAAGAAUAGUGGAAGUAACACUGGCUGACGAAGACUUUGAAUGGAUGGCAGGCCAUGUAAUCGAUGGGAGAAAUCUGUUUCCUGCGACUGGUUACUUGGUACUAAUUUGGGAGACUGUGGGUAUGAUGCGAGGUGAAUUGUACACUGAAGUAUCAGUCGUAUUCGAAGAUGUCAGAUUUCACCGAGCGACCACAAUUCCAAAGGAAGGCAGCGUUGAGCUUACGCUCAUGGUUCAGAAAGGGUCAGGCAGAUUUGAAGUUGUAGAAGGAGGUACUGCCGUUGUAACUGGGUUAAUUCGUGCUAUUUCAAACCCAAGUCAAGAACGCGUAAGCGAUGAGAUACUGUGUGAAGAAUUAGAUGAACUAAAUGCAACUGGCAGAGAUGUUUAUAAAGAGUUACGUCUCAGAGGAUAUCAAUACGCGGGAGUGUUUCGUGGUAUUAAGCGUACAUCAUUGAGUGGGACCAAGGGACGCAUAGCUUGGAUGAACAAUUGGGUAGCCUUCAUGGAUAAUAUGCUACAGAUGGAAAUAUUAGGAACGGACACCCGAGGGCUUUACGUUCCCACCGGUAUUCAGAAGCUUGUCAUAGACACUAAAAGCCAUUGGACUGCCAUUCAGAGUAUGCCUGACGACGACAAAGAAUUCACAGUGCAAGUAGACAGAGAUUUAAAUCUUACUGUGGCUGGUGGGGUGGAAAUAAGAGGACUGAAAGCGGGCGCUAUUGCUCGUAGAAAACCAGCUGGGGAUCCCGUACUUGAGAAGUUCCAAUUCAUAGCUCAUCGAGAUCGGGCUGAAAUGGCACUGAAAGAUAUCGCUUGCAUCGCUACACACAUAGCACUUGAAAAUCAUCGUGGUUUUAAAGUGAAAACUGCCGAAUUGAUCGGUGAAGUAGAUAAUGUCUCACCUGAAAAUCUAACUUCCCUCCUCAUUCAAGAAAUUUUGAGUGAUUUACCCUUAAUCCAGGCCGAUAUCAACGUCGUGGGAUCCCAAGAAAAAUUCACCAACGAUGUACUGCCAUCUACUAUUACAGUCUCAGAACUAAAAAAAUUGUCCACUGACGGUGAUGCUUUAAUGGUGAUUAGUCACGGUGUCUUCGCUAGCAAAAAUCACGAAAUUCUGAAACAACUUCAAGCGGUAAUGGUGGACGGAGGAUUUUUACUAGCCAGAGAACCGUUGAGUAUCGAUUCUGCCAUUUUCGCAACUAUAAGACGUGAGGGUCUUGACGUCAUCCUGGAAAAACGUACAGAUCGAGAAUUUAUCAUUUUACUCCGUAAACAAUCGAGACUGCCCGAAAUAUCUGCAGUUAUACCGAUCAACAAUUACGAAUUCACGUGGCUAUCUAAGCUUCAAGCUGCUCUAGAAGCGGAAAAAGAAAAAAAAGAUAGCCGCAAUCGUCGAAUACUUCUUCUGAGUGAAGGGAAUUUCGAAAGCGGGCUUUUGGGACUUGCUAACUGUCUUCAGAAAGAACCAGGCGGCGAAAUUGUCCGAGGACUUUUAAUUCAAGAUUCGAGGGCUCCGAAAUUUUCUCUAGAAAAUCCGUUCUAUUCUGAACAAUUGCGAUUAGACUUGGCACAAAAUGUCCUAUGUUCUGGGAAAUCAUGGGGUUCGUAUCGGUUUCUUCCUUUGGAUCCAUUGAAAAUACAGCCGGUUUAUCACACUCAGUUGGCUCAACUAGUGCGUGGUGAUUUGAGUUCACUCAAGUGGAUGGAAGGUUCAAUACAGCCGGGAUCCCGCUCCGACGGCUUGAUCAAGGUUCAUUACUCGUCUUUGAAUUUCCGUGAUAUCAUGGUAAGCACUGGAAAAUUAGCAACUGAAGUUGUUGGGAGAACAAGGCUACAGCAAGAAUGUGUGAUCGGAUAUGAAUAUUCUGGAAUAGAUCUGAAAGGUCAUCGAAUCAUGGGAAUGAUCCCGUGUGGAUCCUUUUCAAACUACUGUAUCCGUGACGCGGAACUUGCUUGGACAGUGCCGGAUGACUGGACACUAGAGGAUGCAGCUACGGUCCCAGCUGCUUAUGGAACUGCUUAUUAUGCGCUUUACAUGAAUGGCAAAAUGCGAAAGGGCGAUAAAGUUUUAAUACAUGUCGGGACCGGAGGUGUAGGUCAAGCAGCUAUAAGAUUAGCUCUCUGUGAGGGCUGCGAAGUUUUUACGACAGUAGGAACUCCGGAGAAACGUGAAUUCAUUAAAAAGAAAUUUCCACAAAUUGAUGACAAUCACAUCGGCAAUUCUCGAGAUACAAGCUUCGAGCAAUUAAUUCUUGGAGAAACUCAAGGACUUGGAGUGGAUAUUGUGCUGAAUUCUUUGGCAGAAGAAAAAUUACAGGCCUCGGUUCGUUGCUUGGCACAGGGUGGUCGAUUUUUAGAGAUUGGGAAAUUUGACCUUGUAGCAAACAAUAACCUUGGAAUGGAAGUAUUUUUGAAGGAAAUUAGCUUCUAUGGCAUCCUGGUAGAUAAUUUAUUUUACUUUGUCGGUCGUAAAAGAGAGGAACUGAGGGCGUUAUUCCAAAAGGGACUGUCAGCGGGUGUAAUCAAACCAAUUUCCAGAACUGUAUUCUCCAUGAAUCAAACUGAAGAAGCUUUCAGGUACAUGGCAGCUGGAAAACACAUUGGCAAGGUAAUCAUGAAAAUCCGUGAUGAAAAUCCAACUGGUAAGCCAACUCUUCCUCUGGCGUUACCUCGUUACUAUUGUUUAGAAGACAGCAGCUACCUUAUUCUUGGUGGCUUGGGUGGAUUCGGUCUGGAGCUCGCCGACUGGCUGGCACUUCGCGGAGCAAGGAAACUAGUUUUGACAUCCCGAAGAGGAAUCAAUACCGGAUAUCAACGUAUGCGAAUUAAUGUGUGGAAGGGAUGGGGGGUGAAAGUUGUCAUAAUUGUUGGAAAAGAUGCUUCGACGCACGAAGGGUGCGAAGCUAUUCUGAAAGAGGCAGCGGCACUUGGUCCAGUAGAUGCUAUAUUCAACUUGGCAGUGGUACUCAAGGACGGCCUAUGUGAGAAUCAAACAGUGGAAUCAUUCGAAGAAUCUUUCAAAGUUAAAGCCUGGGCUACUAAGCAGCUGGACAAACUCUCCAGAAUCUUGUGUCCAAAUCUCAGGCAUUUCGUGGUAUUUUCAUCAGUGUCCUGCGGCAGAGGGAACGCAGGGCAAACAAACUACGGAAUGGCCAACUCUAUAAUGGAACGAAUCUGCGAAUCGAGAGCGGCAGAAAAUCUCCCAGCUUUGGCCAUUGAAUGGGGAGCUGUUGGUGACGUUGGAUUGGUGGCAGAAAUGCAGGAAGAACACAAAGAAAUUGUCAUUGGUGGCACAUUACAACAGAGAAUAUCUUCAUGCCUGCAAGAGCUGGAUGGUUUUCUACGACAAAAUUCCACCAUAGUCUCAAGCAUGGUUGUUGCUGAGAAGAGGGCAGGUGGAGCUAAUGCUACAAAUAUUGUCGAUACAGUCAUCAACAUAAUGGGGCUCAAGGACCUUAAAACUGUUAGUGUGCACACGCCUUUGGCAGAAAUAGGAAUGGAUUCCAUGAUGGCUGUUGAAAUCAAACAGACCAUAGAGCGUGAAUUCGAAGUGUUUAUGACUGCACAAGAUAUCCGUGCUCUCAAUUUCGCGAAGCUGCAAGACUUAUCUGCGAAAUUGUUCGAAGAGAGUAUAAAACACGAAAAGAUCACAGAAUUGGCGACCGAUCUAGGUGGUAUAAAAAUACUAAUUCGAACUUUGGGAACGGCGAAUCUGAAUAAAGAUAUUUGUGUGCCUCUGCCAACUAAGGCAGAGGAUAGACGAGGAGAAGUUUUCAUACUACCGGGAAUCGAAGGAACCCACAUGGUAUUCAAUUCAUUGGCUCCUAAACUAAGAGCUCCAACGACUUGUUUACAGCUUCCGCUGACUAUUCCAAACGUAGUAACGAUUGGCGAUAUGGCAGACUAUUUCUUGCCGCAUGUCAAGGAAAGAAACAAAGAUCGCAGAGACUUCAUAAUAGCUGGAUAUUCUUUCGGAAGUUUAGUGGCUAUUGAGCUUGUGAGACGUUUAGAGUCCGAAGGUCUCCACGGUCGCCUCGUGUUAAUUGAUGGCGCACCCGAUUAUAUGAAAGCAGUACUUAAUCAAAACUUGAUGGCAGAAACUGACGACCAGCUACAAUCUCGUGUACUUUCGGAGAUAAUGGAUAUGCUUGCACCCUCCGUCACCGCAACGCUUGUUGAGGAAUUACAAAAUUGCGUCAACUGGGAGAGUAAAUUGGCAGCAUUCACCAAAGUGUUGCCAGCAGCAAAAAAUUUAGAUUUCCCGACAGAAACUCAGCAGGAAAUAUGUUCUGCUAUUUACCACCGAAUCAAAGCAAUUUUGAAUUACGACGUCUCAGCAUUGUCACCCUUAGAAACACCGAUAAUCUUACUCAGGCCUAAGAUUCACUCCGUACGUUCGAUGCCGGAAGAUUAUGGGCUAAAAAAGAUUACUCAGGGAAAGAUAGAAGUGCACUACGUUGAAGGGAAUCACGUUACAAUGUUGGAAGAUAAUAUCUGCGCUACAGCUAUAAACGGAGAACCUAUCGAAGAUGCUGCGUCGUUCAAGAAAAGCAUAAUGGAAGAUGGUGCAAACCUAGCACCCAUCAUUCCUGCAAGUAAUGUCAGCAGAAGUUAAGUUGGUUAAAAGAUAAUAGGUCCUGAACUUAUUUGAUUUUUUAUCCAAAAUGAUUAACAUCCUGUUAUGAAAAACAACUCGAAUGGUCGUAAUUUAGUGAAGCUUGCUUCCAAGCUCAUGCCAAUUAUUGUCUGAUUGAAAAGUGCUUGGCACGAAAAAAAUAAACAGUAUGCAAUACAAUCAUUUUUAUGUAACCACGUUUUAAUGUAAAACAGAUUAUACAUAAAUAGAAUGCGAAAUUGAAUUUCCCACUGUACUGGUCCUGCUAUAGUAAUAAUGACAUCAUUUCAACAUUUAUCCUCGAAUUUAUCAAACACACGUGUAUAUUUAUUAAAGUCAGCCUCAUCAUCCAGUAACAAGUUUAGAUUGGGUCACUCCGCCCGAAAUCUCGUUAAAGUCUAUCGUUACCAAGUAUCCUGUUACUGACUGUUGGGGCCGCUUAUAUUUGAGUACCUCACACAAUCUUACGAUCUCAAAUAAAAAAAAAAAAAAUCACCACAA